UCAUUUAUUUUGGAUACGAUAGGAGGUCCUCCUCGAGGACCGAAGCGCUCUCGAUCAGCCCAUCGGCACUUCUCGAGGGUUAUUUACACUGCAGUCGCUGCAGACCGUUAGAGACCUAGGGGUCAAGUAUAUUAGACUUCUUAGAAAUGGCAACAGAUUCGGUUGCUGUGGGACAGAAAGUGGACAAUGCAGAGCACGGUCUAACAGAUAAUCGUAAGAGUUAAUUCUCUGGUGGCUUUAGAAUUCACUGAGGUUACUUGCUUUUCGUCCGGCGCUGACCCACGGUGUAACGAAUCUGCGUCCAGGGAUCAACAGCUCCGCUUGACAUCGCUGCCCCCACGUGUUCUCCUCUGCACAGCGGCGCGGCGCCCUCUCUGUUACCGACCCUCCGGAGCUCAGACUCUACCCGCGCCGCAGCUCUUCAGCCCGGCACCGGCGUCUGAUGCGAGAGCCAGUGGCUAAGAAAGAAAUCCAGCCUCAUUGAAGACAUUCAAGCAGAAGGCGGGACAGUUCCUUUUCCAGAGCAGAAAGGAAACUCAUGUAUCAGAAAAGGGUUUCUCUGUGUAGCCUUGGCUGUCCUGGAACUCACUCUGUAGACCCAGGCUGGCCUUGAAGUCACAGUGAUUAGUCUACCUCCACCUCCCUGAGUGAUGGGGUUAAAGGUGACUAAGAAACAUACUGAAAGAACAUGGCUGCACAAAUACCAGAAUCUGACCAGAUAAAACAGUUUAAGGAGUUCCUGGGAACCUACAAUAAACUUACAGAAACCUGCUUUUUGGACUGUGUUAAAGACUUCACAACAAGAGAGGUGAAACCUGAAGAGGUUACCUGUUCAGAACAUUGCUUACAGAAAUAUUUAAAAAUGACACAGAGAAUAUCCAUGAGAUUCCAGGAAUAUCAUAUUCAGCAGAACGAAGCCCUGGCAGCCAAAGCAGGGCUCCUGGGCCAGCCACGGUAGACAGGCCCUGAGGCAUGGACUUGCACUGAAAGAUUGCCAGCAGCUGUUGCACUGGAGAUGAGGAUUCGUCUGGUAGAAUCCCCUGACACACAGCAGGACGCGUGGUACAUCAUCUGUCAGGACUGCCUGACCAGUGGAAACCACCGGAGAAAGAUCACUGCUCACCAGAAGGAAUCAAAGCAGAAGGCCUUACUACUGUGCAGUAAAAUGGUAAGAUGCAACACUGUCGAGGCCUUAAGAUUCAGCUGCUGGUCACCUUGAUUACAGAAAUAAACCACUGUUCCUUUCUUUGUGACUGUUAAUUUUAAAAGCAAAAUGUGUCCAAUCAUGUAUGAGAUAGAAAAAAUUUAUUACUAAAAGUAAAAAUAAAUGAGAAUAUCACUGA